GUUUGUGUUCCUGACACAGAAACAUAAACAAGCACAAAGGAUAAAAGUCUAGUUUUUCUAGAAAGUAGUCUAGAACUAAGAAAUCUAUCUAGACUAGAAGAUUAAGAUAUUGUUUAAAUCUAUCUAGUCUAGAUUAUUAUUAUUAUGCAAAUACGACUUAUUUAAGUUUUAAAAUGCUCUCUAGAAGGCAAAUAAAUGUACAGAGGCAGAAUUUGGUUGCGAUGUGCAGGAUAUCUGUUAAGUCUCUUCUGGACUAUGCAUGCCUGUACACACAUGUUGAUGAUGACAGCGAAGAGUUUAUUAAUUUUUGUGCUGUGUUUGAACAACUGGUUUCUCAUAGGCUCAAGCCUUAUCAGAAAAAAGUUUGGCUUCCUGGAAAUGGGACUCCCAGGCAUUUCUGGAACCUCUUGCAAGAAAAUCAUAACAGUUCUCAUGGAGCAAUCUUUCAAACUUGUAUUCCUAACAUAGAAGCCAUAGAAACUUUGAAGUCACCUAAAGCUAAGCUGAGGGCUUUUAUCAGAGUGGCACUGAUGGAGAAACGUUUGUCUGAUUACAUGUUCUGGUUGCUAAACAAUUCCAGAUUAAUAAGAGAUAAUUACUUCGAUGGUGCCAUCAUGACCUCUGAAGAAGCGUCAGUUCUCUGCAGUGAUUUGAUAGGCCUUAAUGCCAUUGAUUUCAAUUUUUGUCUGAAGGACAAUGACAAUGAAUUGACUGGACCAUUGGAGAUCAGCUAUGCUCCAUUUAUCAAAUACAAGCAAAUGUCUGCCAGUAAAUCUGUUGAUGAUCUUGAAAUGGAACGUCUCAGUGGCAAGGCUGCUGACCGGGAUAUUUUGCCAGUUAGUGCAGUGUUGACAGAGAAUGGUGUUAAUGACAUCCUCAGACUACAUGCACUUGAAAAAGAUUUUCGAAGCAUCAAGGAACAGAAGGACUACUUGGAAGAACUUGUGAGACUUCGUGAACGACAGCUGGCAGAGGUGAAUUUGAAACAUGAGUCUUCCAGAAUCGAGAGAGAAGUCCGAGAGAGGGAAAUGGAAAAUGAGCACAAGACAAUGCAUGCUUGUAUCCUAGAGCUUCAGGCAGAGAUGUCAAAGUUGCGAAAACAAAAUGAAAAUCUAAAAACCCAAGUUCAGUAUUUAAAGUCCUACAAGGAGCGGAUGGAAACAAUGGAAGUCCCUAUGGUGGACAUGGCUUCAGCUAGAAGUGGACAAGACAAGCCAGGUAUUAUGGUGGAAAUGGACCACAUUGAACACAGGUUAGUGGACAAUUCACAUGUCAAAAGUGCACGAAGGUUGAUCCCAUCUGACCAGAGGAGCAUCCAGUCUUCAAUCUCUGACCAACUACGUCUCAAGGAAGACUCACAGAGCAUGAUUCCAUUGACAGGAUCAUUAUUGGAAGUUAAUGCCACCAUUACAGAGCCUGGCACAAAAGAAAAUCAGAUAUUAUCUACAGUUCAAAGCAGUACAAACACUGUAAGUUUCUCAUCAUCAUCAACCACACAACUGGCUGCAGAAACACAUGGUCAGAAAUUUCCAGAAAUGCUGGUGACACCAGAAAAGCUGUCAAAAAUGCAGAAAGAUACUCAGAUGGCCAUUCCUUUUAUAGUGUCUCCAGAUGACAAAACUGAUGCUGGUAUGUCAGAAGAGCUGUCAAAAAUGCAGAAAGAUACUCAGAUAGCCAUUCCUUUGAUAGUGUCUCCAGAUGACAAAACUGAUGCUGGUAUGUCAGCUGAGACUGCAAAUCAUGAACAUUCAGAACAGAGUGAUAAUGAUCAUAACAGCAACAGUAUCGUCUUUCAGUCAAACUUAAUCAGUUACCCCUCAGCUCUUCAGUCAGAGGAGGUGGAUGUCAAGGAGCGGGCUCCCCUAGAACUCCAGCCUGAAACCCAGCAAAUUAGUAGUGGGGCUUCAAGCAGUACAGAGUCUGAAAAAGAAGAGGAAGUAACGGCCUCAGAUCCUGAAAUGGUCAAUAAUAAGAGCACAUCCAGCAGUGAUGUUGGGGACAACACAUGGGAUAUGAUGUCUGAUGCUGAGCAUGACAGCCGGGCAGUCAAUUAAAUACUUUUGUUAGUUGAAGAAAUUUUAUAAUGAUUUGAAAAUGUUUAUCAACAUCAAACAAUACAAAAGAUUAACGCAAUAGAAAAAUUCCAGUUGUCAACAAAUUAAUCAAAUCGGUCAACAUAGUUAUUACUUCUAAAAUAUGCAUACAAAAAAAUUAUAUAUAUAUAUAUAUAUAUAUAUAUAUAUAUAUAUAUAUAUAUAUAUAUAUAUAUAUAUAUAUAUAUUAUCAUCAUCUUAAUCAGUUUUAAAAAAUCACAACUUUUUUUUUAGUUGAUAAAUGCCAAAAGCCAAGUGUGAUUUCUGUACCCUUAUUUCUUUGUAAUUCAAGAUGUUUUAUUUUUUAAAUUUUAAGAUAUAUUGUAUGUUUUUGAGUCUUUCAUUCAGCUGGACCAAGAUUGGUAUCAAUCAUAAAUCCACAUAUAGAUCCAGAAUAUGUCAAUUUUUAACUAGUUUUUGAUACAAAAGGUUUUUCCAAAUAAGUUUUAAAUAACUGUAUUACAUUAAACUUACUUCUUACUAUCUAUUGAGACAAAAAUAUAUUCACAUAAGCACAAACUAGACUUGUUACAUAUCAAACUUCAAGUAGCCACUAUGAUACUGGAUAUUUCCAGAGUAAAAUUUGAUAGGAGCUCUCAUUCUAUAUAUGCUAGGUCUCUGGAUGUAUUUUUAAAUUAAAAACCUUUCAACUGAUAUAAGGUUUGUUGUUAUGAGCAGGCACUGACAUCAAGUGAUGUAGGUCCAACUGAGCUAACCCAAGAUUGAAAGACAGUAUUACAUUUAAACUAAUUGGCUCAUCUUCAGUAUCAUUGCAACUUUCAUCAUAAAUAAAUUUGUAAAAAAAAUAAAAUAAGCUAUUUGACCUAUGUAUAUCAUACAUAAAACAACAUAAAAUACUCAAGUUAUAUUAUUGACUCAGUACGUAGUGUUUCAGACUUUUUAUUUAACUUGCAUAUUUAAAAGAGCAAGUAUUGUAAAUGAAUAUGCAAUUUACGUUCAAUUGUUGCUAUCUGAACAUGUUUGUUUUUUUUGUGAUACAACUCUAGGGGAAAAAAAUCAUAAGUUUUUGAAAAUUUUUUUAUUUAUUCAAGUAAUGAUCGUACUUUGUUAAUUAAGAGUAUCCUACAAAGAAAUACAAUAAAACAUUACAUGAACAAAGUUUUUGUCACAGGGUAAAGAAAGAUAAUGAUAUCUAAAAGAAAGAAGAUAAUAAAGCAUGAACACAUUCCUCUGACAUUCCUUCUAUUUUGUUAUGAAACAUUGUGUUCAGAAUUUUAGUUUAUUUUGGAAAUAUUUUUUUUUUGAAAUCUGUUAUUAAAUUUUUUUUCAAGCUGUUUAACUGAACCAAAACAAAAUAAUUUUUCUUUAUUGAUAACUUUUCUAUGUUAAUAAAAUGUUUGUUUUUUUAGUUUCUUUGUUUAUCCAUUUCAUACCAGUACAUAUUUUAUUUGCGUUGUUAAAAUUGUCAUGUAUGAGAAAGGGACAUUCUAUUUCCUGGCUAUGAAUGUAACCUUGAACUUCACUCACUAAAAGAAUAACUUUGAUAAAGUCAGAUUGUUAAAUUUAUUCAAUCCUAUCCUUCAUCAUCUUCUGAAGUUGUUGAAGAUUUGCUCUGUAAGACCUAAUAAUAUUUUUUACAAAGCUUAUAUCAACUCAUUCUGUCUGUCUGUAUUGUAAAAUGAUUUCUGUCACACCCAAUCUCAGAUCAAGCUGAAAUUUUGCACAAUUAUUUCUUUUACCUGACAAAACAUGAAUCAAUAAUAAAAAUUAUCCAAUCAGUUAAUUAACUAUUAAUAAUUAUUAUUUUACUUGACUGAUGUGGUGGUGUAAGUUUAAUUACUCCCCUUUAUAAAAGUUUGAAACUAACAAUAGAUAAAUCCUUCAAUUUUCAUAAGCACAUCCCUGGCACAGUGAUUAGUGUAUUGAAUUGAGUAGGCUUUAGAUCUGGAGUUUGAAUUCAGGUCGUCCAACUUUUUUUUUUUACAAAGGCAUUUAAAAUAAACAAUCAUGGUAAUAUUCACCCUGUCCCCCAUCCCAUUCCCAACUAGUCCCCAGACAGUGAUAGAAACAAAAACAAUUGGUAAAAAAAAAAAAAAAAAAAUCUGCAAUUGCAAUGAUUUAUUAUUGUUAGUCUAAAUCUAUUACAAAGUUAAUUACCGUACAUGACUGAUUCAUACUAAUUGAUACAACUACACUUAAUAUAAGCUUUGUUUAAAGUAUUUUAUAUAUUUUUCUUGUUUCCUACAAGAAGACGUCUUUAAGACUACAUUUAUAAUUAUAGUUUGUCCAUCAUGGUUCGAAGGUGACCACUUUUGUCAUCCAGGGGCUGAGGGCUUUGCACUGGGGUUUUGUGCCUCCUCACAUGGCUGGUGAGACCUAUUUGAGCCUGAAAUGUUUGGCUGCAGACUGGGCAGGUUAUUCCAGCUCGAGCUGGAGUUUUUUUUUAUUUUGUUGAAUGUACAAUUACAUAAUAAUAACAAGGUAUAUUCAAUCAACUAUUGUUUUGGAAUGUAUAAAAGUUUUAUCAUGAAAGGAAAGUAGGCCCUACAUGUUUUAGUCUUCUUUUUUUUUUUUUUAAAUAACUGACUUGUACCCAUCUUUGUGAUAGUGAAAGGAUAAGAAUUGUUUGAGGUGUUUUUUACUUAAAUUCGUUUAACAAUCUUAACAAUUUUUCUUUACAUGCUACACAUAGUAACUACAAACUAGUAUAUUGUCUAGGGAGAUACAUUUAUACGUUAUGAACAAAAACGAAAGUUUACUAACAAAAUAAAGAUCUAAUUUGCUUGGACAUUGCAUUACAAGGUGGUCCUCAAUAGAAACAUUGCUUUACAAGGUGGUCCUCAACAUUGCUUUACACUGAAGAUUCACACAAACUUAGCUUCCACCUUAGCACGCCAAUAAGUACAAAAAUACUCAAUGAAUGUUCUUGACUUGUGUUCAGCUUAAAUCCCUGUAAUGUUAUUGAACUAGGCUUGAAAAUGAGUUCUUUUAUCUUAAAAUAUGUUGAGGCAUUGAUCUCAGCCCAUAAUUUUUAUUGAUGUCUUUCUUUAUUUUUGUACAAAGUUACAUAAUUGUAGCAUUAUCUACUUAACUUUAUUUGACUGCAACAGAAAGCAAAUCCAGCCUUUCACCAAACUCUUAUCACAUGCAUAUUCUUAUUUUAUCACCCAUUUGUUUUAGAAAAGUAAUAAUUAAAGUAUUUUUUUCUAAAGAGAAUGCAUUGUAUUAGUUCUAUAUUUUUAUUGCUGUUUUAUAUAAAUAUAUAUAGUUUCCCUUUCAGACCUUGCAGUCUAUAGGGCAGAUGAUGUAAAGGUCAUCUGUUUCUGUGGCCCACUGUUAACGAGGGUGUCAUGUAGCCAACACAAAGACCAACCGCCUUUACUUUUCUCCCAACUAAUGUCAAGUACCCAUUAGAUCUUGGUGGACUCAGAGGCGCCCACAGAAAGAUCCCAGUCUUCACCAAGAUUCGAACCUGGACCCCAAGAUCAUAAGCCAAGUGCUUUACCGCUGAGCCACAGCGCCUCCAUAUAUAUAUAUAUAUAUAUAUAUAUAUAUGUAUUGUAGGCAGGGAAUCAUUUCUUUAUGCUGAACUAUUUUGUUCUGUUUAUGACACAAAGCUUAGGCAAGUUAUUUAUUUGUUUGCUGUAAUAUUUAUUUUAUCUCUUACAUCCUUUAGUGACAGAAAUAUGUCUUCACGCUAGUAGUGUCUUUUUUUUCUUUUUUAACUGCACACAUAAAAUACUGUUUGUUUGUUUUUUUAGCUUAACUUAUGUUUGAAAGGUGAGAGAAUUGAAUUUUUAGUAAUUACAAAAAUCUGACUUUGGAUAAGUGUAAGUACUUAAUCGAUUCGGGUUUUUUUUUACAUCCUCUUAUCAUAAUGUCAUAAUUCAAAUAAUUGUGUAACACUUUAUCAUGAUAAGCAAAACAAACAAGAAGAAAAUGAUGGUGUGAAGAAGCUAAACAUGUUUGAUUUUCUUUUUUUAUGCUUCAUGUGAUUUCAACCACAAAUUUUGUAUUAAUUAGUUUUUUUCUGUUGUUGCUUUUUUUUUCUUCCUUAUUGUGUUGCACAAUUUUGUGUUUGUUUGUGUUUUUCUAGAUAUUUUGAUUAAAAAGAUGUGUAAUAACAAAAUGUCUGUUAUUUUCAUAUAUCUGACACAGUGACAAUGAAAGAUUUGAUAAGACUUUAUAAAAUAUAAGUUCCUUUAUUUCUAUGAUGUCAUUGCUCUGUUGUACUGUAGAACUCUAGUCAGUAUUGUAGUUAUUAGUUAUGCUUUCCAAACCAAAAAGAUUCAUUGGUGUGUUAAUUUAUUGUAUGUCUCUCACACUGCGUAGAUUUGUUGAUGUUGCAGUUUUAAGUUCAAAAUAAAACUCUCAUCUUUAAAGACUGUUAAAA